AGCGGCUGACGAAGAGAGGACGGAGCAGAGAGCUCAGAUAUGUGUGACCAGUGAGAGGAACACAGACUUGUUCUGAGACUGCACUGCGCGUCAAAGGCGCGUUUUCGUUUUUACGCAUGUACGAAACAUGUUAAAGAGUGUAGGCUAAUAGAUAGCAAUAGAUUGUUAUUGUAAAGUCCACGUGAAUUACUUACACUGAAUUCCAUAUUGUAUUCUCUUCAAGACAGCGGAGUCUUUAAGUGAACAGCAGACUCGACAGCGCGUGCGGCGGUCAAGCUUUUCUGAAACUUUCUAUUGUUCACUUUACAUUUGACAUUGGGAUAUUUAACGUUGUCAUGCAAUGAAUUAGGUUUAUGCUCGGUAGUUUAAGUGUGACUUUUGGUCUUAAACAGCAAAAUGGAUGCUUUGUUCAAUAUCACCGAUGCGUCAAAUUGGACCAGCGGCUCCAACGACACCAGUAACGGGACCGUGAACUGGAACCAGUUUGUGCAGCCAGUCUGGAGAAUUGUGCUCUGGGGCAUUGCGUACAGCUGUAUAGUGAUCGUGUCCGUGGUAGGCAACCUUACGGUGAUCUGGAUUAUUAUUGCGCAUAAACGCAUGAGGACCGUCACCAAUUAUUUCCUGCUGAACCUGGCGUUCGCCGAAACCUUCAUGUCCGCCUUCAACACCGUGAUCAACUUCACCUACGCCGUGCACAACGAUUGGUACUUCGGAUUUGUCUACUGCCGCUUCCACAACUUCUUUCCGAUCGCGGCUGUGUUUGCCAGCAUCUACUCAAUGACUGCCAUCGCUCUGGACAGGUACAUGGCCAUCAUCCACCCUCUGCAGCAGCGCAUGUCGUCCACAGAGACCAAGGUGGUGGUGGGAGUGAUCUGGGUGCUGGCUCUGCUCCUGGCCUUCCCCCAGUACUACUACUCCAACACAUACCAGGACGCCGGCCGGGUGGUGUGCUACAUCGACUGGCCCGAAUACACCGUGUGCAACUUCAAAAAGAUGUACUAUGUGUGUGUGGUCAUCCUGAUCUACCUUCUUCCUCUGCUGGUGAUGGGUUGGGCUUAUCUGGUGGUGGGACUGACUCUCUGGGCCAGUGAAAUCCCCGGAGACUCUUCUGAUCGCUACAAGGAGCAGCUGACUGCCAAACGCAAGGUGGUGAAGAUGAUGAUCGUGGUGGUUUGUACGUUUGCCAUCUGCUGGCUGCCCUACCACGUCUUCUUCCUGCUGGAGCAGUUCUUUCCUGACAUGUUUAUCGAAAGGUUUAUCCAGCAGGUUUACCUGGCCAUCAUGUGGCUGGCUAUGAGCUCCACCAUGUACAACCCCAUCAUCUACUGCUGCCUCAACGACAGGUUUCGUGCUGGUUUUAAACAAGCAUUCCACUUCUGCCCCUGCGUCCCUCGAGGCUCUUAUGAAGGCCUGGAACUCAAGUCCACUCGCUACCUUCAGACCCAGACGAGCGUUUACAAGGCCAGCCGGAUGGAGACCACCGUGUCCACUGUUACCCAGGUUGGGGAUGACAUGGAGCCGACCAGGGUCAAGGCAAUAGCAGGUCCACGGCGCGGUGGGGCCACGGUCGGGGCCAGACCACAUAGCUCCUCCUUGGACCUCACCUCCAAUGGGUCAUCGUCCCGGAGCGUUUCCAAAACGGUCUCAGAGACGUCCAGUUUCUACUCUAGUAACCACCUGCAGGAAUAGACCUCAAACGCAGUUUGCAGGACAGCAGGGAGAGAGAUAUCUCAGCGUAUGGGACUGUGUGUCUGUGAAGAAAAAGUGAUUGGACUCUGGGGAAAGAUGCCAACUCUGUGCCAUGAAGAGACAUAUUCUUACAGUACUAGUGCCUGUUUCAAUAGAAAUGUUCAAAUACCUCUGGCUGUGUCUGAAAACUAAACAUCACUGCUUUUACUGAAACUGCCACAUAAGGGACAUGUUGUUGUAGGCACGACGAUGCUUUAUUGACAUUUAUGUCCUUAAUUUAAGAAGGUUUAGAAGGUUGAGAGUCAGGGGCUGCAUGUUUUAAAUUAAACAUUUGGACCGUUUUGUUUUGGCUCUGUACUGCUGUGCAUUCAAUUGAAACUUUAAGUUAAAGGCUGGCAAUAUUCUAUAUUGUUCUCAUGAAUUGCCAUUUAGUUUCAUGUCAUUCAUUCAUUCAGUCUGAAAUCAUCUUCUUGUUACCUGAUUUCUUGUUGGGAAUCAGUAGCCAGCAGAUUUUUUUUGCAAUAAUUUCACAAUAUGGCUGUUCAAUCAAAUCAAUUUCUUACAGUAUAAUGCAAAGCAUCAUUUCAUGGUGAUUGUGACACUCAGAAAAAUGUAUUUGUUGUUUUACAGAUAAUGCGCAUGGGAACAUGACUUUUGGGCCAGUGUGUGUCACGUGAUCCUGCAAUAUCGAAUGAGACCACUGUGCCAAAAUCAUCUCACGGACUAGAAUUGUUUCAGGAGGCUUACAGUAGUAGUAACAUGAUGUCCCCAUUUUUAGUCCCGCCUAGUGGGCUCUGGUUGGUCGACUAUUUCUCCAACAUGUGGAAUCGCCAAUGGGCACAACACCAGACCACUGGCGAUUUAGAGGUUUAGACCCAGGAUAAACAAAAAAAGGCCAAAACCCAAAUAUGAAAUAAAACACAUCAACACAAUUAUGCUGCUGGAAAUACUCACUAGCGCAGUGUGUAACAGUGUGUUUAAUAUAGUCCUUUAACAAAUACAAAUACAUAAUAUUGGCUCCUGCUUGAAUAACGUUGGCUAAAAACAUAGAGAGCCCAGCUGUUUUAAUGAAUGACUAAGCCUUUUUUUUUGUUAGUUUACUUAUUUAUUACAGUAAUUUAAUUAAGUUAAAUUAACUAUAUAUUUUUCAAUGAUUUACAUCUUCUGUCGGAAAAAAUGGUCCUGUCAGGUUAGGGGAGUCAGAAAUGCAUUGUUGACUUUUCGGGAUUUGUUAAGAAUGAGAAAAAUAUACCACAGCCUUAUCCUUUAAAAUGCUGACUCAGCUAUCAUUUGAGGGUGAUUACAUUCACAUCCAAUCAACCGUGUCGAACUUAUAGCCCUUUGAAUCCCUCAAAUGUUGCUGGAAUAUAGAGCUAACUAAUACUGCGCAGUAUGUGAAAAAAUACAUUUCUGAUGAUAUUUGUGACUGAAUACUGUACAUAGAUAAGAAAUAUGGAUCUGAAACAUACACUAAGUAUAUAUCAGCCACAUUUCAGACACAGCCAUGUAUGCCAGUCUAAUUCCUAUACUGUGUUGUUCUGUAUCGGUUUUGCUUGUUUCUAUCAUGCUUACUUAUUCCUGAAAGAGAUUUAGGUUGAGACGUCAUUUUAAAUGGUAAUAAGUUUCCAAAACGUCCAUCAUGCUUUUGCUAUUAAAGAGUUAAUCUUGUGUAUCUUUUCACUGUGAGUACUGCUCUGAGGUGGCUGUGUAUCUGUUAUAUUUACUGUACAGUGGGUGUUUUUAAUCUGUGAUCUGUGCCAAAAUCGGGGAAUCAAUUUUAAUGUCUUCUAAUAAAGAAAAUGAGAAAUAAAAGAAUUAAUUUCAAGCAACAAAA